AUGACGGUAGAAACAGAAGCUGGUCCACAGGAAGUGUUAACUGGUUGCAGCAACACAGCAGUUGACUUUGGCGUGAGCGCUCAACUCGACCGAACUGUUGGAAGAAGGAAUACGUUCAUUGGCACCCCAUAUUGGAUGGCCCCUGAAGUGAUCGCUUGUGACGAGAACCCAGAUGCCACCUAUGAUUACAGGAGUGAUAUUUGGUCUUUGGGGAUUACUGCAAUCGAAAUGGCAGAAGGCGCACCACCUCUGUGUGACAUGCACCCGAUGCGAGCCUUAUUCCUUAUUCCAAGAAAUGCCCCUCCGAGGUUGAAGUCUAAAAAGUGGUCAAGGAGGUUUAUAGAGUUUAUUGAAAAUUGUCUGAUCAAAAAUUACACUCAGAGACCAUCUACAGAUCAGCUGUUGAAGCACAGCUUCAUUCGAGACCAGCCAACCGAGAGGCAGGUUCGCAUCCAGCUAAAAGACCAUAUUGAUCGGACCCGGAAGAAGCGUGGUGAAAAAGAGGAGACGGAGUAUGAAUAUAGUGGCAGUGAGGAAGAGGAGGACAAUGUUGGUGAAGAAGGAGAACCCAGCUCCAUUGUGAACUUGCCGGGUGAGUCCACGCUGAGGCGAGACUUCCUGCGGCUGCAGCAGGAGAACAAGGAGCGUUCAGAAGCUGUGAGGCGGCAGCAGCAGCAGAUCGUGCUGCCUCGGCGGGACCUAGAGGAGCACAAACGGCAGCUUAUCUCUGAGCGGCAGAAACGCCUAGAGGAGCAGAAGGAGCAGCGCCGUCGGCUGGAGGAGGAUAUGAGCAUCGUUGAAAAGGCCAGCGUUCAUUGGCCAUCUCUAACAGCUGUCUGCUGGGCCAUUUCAGAGGACAUUUAG